AUGCCCUCGGUUUUCCUUCUUUAUCAAAGACAAUCUGAGGCAUCAGCGAAUUUGCAGACCAGAUCAGCAUCUCCACGCCUGGCGAAGUCGCAAAUUGCACUGGUCGCUGUAUUCUCAGCGCUCAUACUCGGCGUCAUGAUUUUCUGUCUAUAUCGCUUCUGCCCGGGUCUGGCUUGGCGCCGGAGGCGGAAGAGCGAAACUGAUCCGCCAUCGACCAAUGUUAAGCAUACCUUUCUGGAUGUGGACGACGGAAAGACUUUGACAGAGAAAUGUGUGGCAUCGCCCGAAACCAAGCAGACGUUUCUCCACGUCGACGAGGACAGGUCAUUAUCAGACAAGAAAGGUCUUCGCAUCGAUAUGCACCCCGCAAUGAGGUCCUUGAACGGUCAGUCGAAGCGGAAGCACGGUUCAAAGCGUAACGAAAGCCUUGACUCAACGUCCUCCGUAGCUCCAUUGAUCAGCAGAUCAGAUACCAUCCCCAUCUCUCCGGAGCGAACAUACUCGCCACGGAUUUAUUCCCCCAAGACUCCUCCGCCGGUGCCAGGAGCUGGUACAGAGGUGAGAGUAUCGCCCCGCCGUACAAGACCUCUACCAACACCAGUACAGCCCGUCAGACGUACCCUCCAAGAACCAUCGAGACAUGACAUCUCACCCCUCCACAGCUCCGCCACUCUCCCUUCCCGUUCCCAACUACCCAUGUCCUUCCUCAUCGAGAUAGACGCCAAGCGAGAGGACCAGGCAGCAGGACGUUCACAAACCGUCUCACCCCUGCAGAACCCAACAACACCCAUCUCAGAGCGCCUGCUAUCAGACUCCCAACUCAGCUCCCGCAACGUCUCCCCCAUCUCAGCUCCAAGCACCACCCCCGUCAUCACCUACCCCUCCGCCACACCCGUCUACCUUCCCCGUCCCUUCUCAAAGUACAACCCAUACCGCUCGGCCCUCGAGCCCGCCAGCUCCAAAAACUGGCCCCUUGAAAACAUGGCCAUCCCUGAGCACUCCGCCGUCAACGAUGUCAGCCCCGUCCGUAAACACCUCAUCCAAUCCACCUUAAAAGCCCCCGGGACCACCUCCUCCACCGAACCCACCACCAAUCCAUCCACCACCGAAUCCGACAAAGAAAACGCAAAGCCAGAGAAACCAGCAGCCGCCUCGAUCACCCACCCAGAACUAGACACUCUCUUCCUUGAAGACUUCCACCGUCGCCGCCAACAGCAAAAGAAAGCCAAAGAAGAACAACAGAAACAAAAGCGCAAAGCCGAACUCGAAAAAGCGCGUGCACAGGAAGCCGCCGCCGCCACCACUGUCGCAGUGAACAGCACGUUGAGACCAGCGAAGAGAUUCCCCGCUGGUGGGGCCAAGGAGAAGGGUAUUAUUCCCCCGCCCAACCGAGUGUUGUUCCCACCGAGUUCGAGCUCGGGUUCGGAGAAGAACAGAGCCAAGGGCGGGAGGAAGAGUCCAGAGAAGGAGAAGGAGAAGAAAUUGAAGAAGCAGGAGAGACCGGGCCAGGGGUUGCCGCCGCGGUUGCCGUCGAAGAGUCGAAAGCCCAGUCAGAGCCCUGGUGCGUAUGAGAAGGCGAGGAGGAUCAGCGGCUUGCAUGAGCUUGUGGGUUCUUCUUCGAUGGCGAACCGCGGUUGA